AUUAUAAACAGCAUACACCGUGUAUAAUAUAAUAUAAUAAUAAGUCUUUGAGGGCUGAAAGAAAGCCUUAUUGUUACUGUCUUUUAAUUACAAGGGGAGGGUUUUCAUCUGACCCUCUCAACAAAACUCAGGACUUCACGAUGGAUGUUCUCGAUUCAAAUGUAAGGUUUGCCUCGCAUGAAGAUGAGGUGAAGUACUGGCGGACGAAAGCGGAGGAGACGCAGAGAGACCUGCAGGCGUUACGAGAAGAGUUUCUGGAGUUCCAUACCAGCAGUAAAGAGCUUGAAGAGGAGAUGGAUACCACAAUAAAACACCUAGAUAAAGAGAAAAAAGACUUUACUGCAGUAAACAGUCGCUUACAAGAAGAAGUAGAAUCAUUAAAGCGUAAAUUAGAGUCCUUGCAAACUGCACGUCACUACGAGGUAUCGAAACUACAAACAGAUCUUUGUGAAGUUACGGCUUGGAAGGAAGAACACCAGAAAUACAUAAUUCGGAUAGAGCAACUUAAUGAUGAUUUGGAAAGACAGAACAGAAUUGCUGCAUUGUCAUUGACAGAUUUUGAAAAGAAUCUCAACAUGGCUUUGGAGAGAAAUGUUUUCCUAGAGAAUGAACUCGAUGGCAAAGAAAUUCUCAGAGAAUCUAUUCAGAGAUUAAAAGAUGAAGCAAGAGAUUUACGAAAUGAAUUGAAAGUAAAAGGCAUGAAAUUUGGGACGGAUAUCCCUGAACAUUCAUCAACACCUGACCUCCCUAGUAGCAGUGGCGUAGAAUGUGCAUCAGUCACCUCAACACCCCCUUCUUCUUCAGAAAAUAGUCGGACACCUUCAGCAAUGUCUGACAACAGUGCAAAUCCAAACAGUGCAGAAAACUCAUCAACUACAUCUACAGCAACAACAAACAAAGGCUCUGUCAUAUCCUCGGCUGCCCGAAUUUCAGCCCUUUCCAUUGUAGGAGAUUUGUUGCAGAAAGUUGGUGUAAGUAGUUUGACACUUUACUAACCGUUCAUAUUAAAA